AUGUCCCCUAUCGCCGUUGUCGCCCAGCCCCAGGCUACUCCAGAUGUUGCGCCAACUAAAAAAGUUGAAGAGCAGCAAUACCAUACGUCAAGUCCCGUUGAUGGUUUCACUCUGACCACCUAUCCAGAGGACUCGCAUCCCAUCAACUUGGCGUGGGGCGCAGCCUCCGCGGAGGCGAGAGGCCCUGUUGUUGCGUCCAAAUACAGGAGCGGGCUUGAUAAGCACAACACCAUCGGUGCUCACAGUGGUUCGUACUGUGUCUACCAUGCUCUCGCUGUCGGCUCAAAGCAGUUGAACCCUGAGCACGUGGCUGACUACACCAACUCUCAGCCAGCUUUCUCUAUUCCUGAGCAAAAAUCUUGGUACAAUGAGAAGGACAUCGUUGCAAUGGAUCCGUUUGGCCAUCUAACUCCUUACUUGUUUGACGAAGUUUCCGAAUCGGAAAAUGUUGAAAUUCGGCCUACCAUUGCAAUUACGAAAGCCACCAUGCAGCUGUUUGAAUUGAAGGAUGCCGUCUCCCAAGGUAGACUACAAGUCGAUGGCAAGAUUGUCAAGAACUCGAACGGUGACGUUAAUGUCUCGAAAGUAGCUGUUGAGCCUGUUUGGUACCUACCAGGUGUUGCCGAGAGAUUUAACAUCACUGAGAGUGAGCUCAGAAAGGCCCUCUUCGAGGACACGAACGGAAUGUACCCCGAAUUGAUCACCAGACCUGACAUUAAGGUCUUCUUGCCACCUAUUGGAGGUCUCACUGUGUACAUUUUCGGAGACCCAAAGUUUGUUUCGGAUCCAUCCAAAAAACUGGCUCUUAGAAUUCACGAUGAAUGUAACGGAUCAGAUGUUUUUGGCUCGGAUAUCUGCACUUGUCGCCCUUACCUAAUUUUCGGGAUUGAAGAGGCCGUCAAAGAGGCCCAGAACGGAGGUUCCGGUGUUGUGAUUUACUUCAGAAAGGAAGGUCGUGCUUUAGGUGAAGUCACUAAGUACCUUGUCUACAAUGCUCGUAAGAGAGGCGGCGACACUGCUGCUGAGUACUUUCACAGAACUGAAUGCAUUGCUGGUGUUAGAGACAUGAGGUUUCAGCAGCUAAUGCCCGACAUCUUGAAAUGGCUAGGAAUCUCUAAAAUUGACAGGAUGCUGUCUAUGUCGAACAUGAAGCAUGAUGCCAUUGUGGAACAAGGCAUUCCAAUUCUUGAGCGGAUCCCAAUUCCAGACGAACUUGUCCCACCUGAUUCUCGUGUCGAAAUCGAUGCUAAGAUUCACUCAGGAUAUUUCACAAAUGGCACCGUCAUGACAAACGACGAGUUGAAAAACGUCCAGGGAAGAAGCUGGGACAAUUUUGAGUAA